AUGACGCCAGAGGAAUCAAUCACACCAAUCAAGGCCAACCUAUCUGAAGUCCUAAACCCCGAGAUCAUCCACAAUGUGAUCCUCAAAGAGAAACGACCCCUCCACGUCUACUGGGGAACCGCCCCAACAGGAAAUUCACACUGCGGCUACUUCGUACCAAUGGUCAAGAUCGCCGAGCUUCUCCACGCAGGAUACUGCAUCAAGAUCCUCCUUGCCGACAAGCACGCACACAUAGACAGCCUGGCGCCUCUCGAAGUGACCAAACACCGAUGCGAGUACUAA